UUGUGGCUGAGCUCCAGCACUCUGUUACGCACUAGAUUCGGGUUGAGUGGAUCAAAGGGGCUUCAGGAAAGGGGUGGUCCUGCACGGGAGCAUAUAUAGAGAGAGGCUUCUCGCUGCUCGGACAGAAGGAGAGAAACUGCUGAAACUGUGAGGGAAGUUCUCCACUUUUUAUGGUUUUUAAGACUCGUCUGCUGUUAGAGACUGUUUUAUUUAUUACCUCUGGAUUGGUACCUCUUGCAGUUUUCUGGUGUUUCGGGAGUCAAAUUCUCAAAAGAACUAAAACUUUGUAAGGAUUUCCAUCGGGUGCAUCUUAUUUGUCGUUCACCCAACAGGAAUAUAAUGUCUUUUUUGCGCGUCAUACUGGGUUUGGUUGCAGCCCUGUGCGUAAACGCGGCGCAGAGCGCGUGGGAGGAGAGCACGGCGGUGCCGGUUCGGCUCGACUCGCACGGCACAGAACCGACCCAUUCAGCAGAAGCACGGGAAAAGGAAUCCGAGAAACGCAUCUAUCGCCUGGACGUCUUUGGAAAUCGGAUGGUGUUGGUGCUGGAACCGGAUCAGACCUUUUUAGCGCCUGGGUUUGUGUUCCAGAUGGUGGGGAAACCGGAGUCCGAGGAGUUUGACAGCGCGGGACAGGCGCGGUGCUUCUUCUCUGGGUCCGUGAACGGAGAAGAACUUUCCGCUGCGGCGAUCAAUCUGUGCAAUGGACUGCGGGGCGGUUUCUACGUCGGGGGCGAAGAGUACUUCAUUCAACCCGCAAACACCAGCGGACAGGCAUCAGAUGGAGACGUCCAUGUCAUCCGCAGGAGAAAACGGGGGUUGCUGGCUGAGGAGAACGGGUCCAAGUGUGGGGUGAACGAGGAGGAGGAACGGGUCUCCGAGAAACCAUUUGCAACCAAAUCCGAUACCGAGCCAUCUGAGUCUAAAGCACACCACAGAUCCCGUCGCUUUGUGUCCACCCCUCGCUAUUUGGAGAUCAUGAUUGUGGCAGACCAGUCAAUGGCAGAGUUUCAUGGAGCUGGGCUCAAACCUUAUCUGCUGACCAUCAUGGCGGUGGCGUCCCGUCUGUAUCGACACCCUACCAUUCAUAACUCGAUCACUCUGGCCGUUGUGAAGCUGCUUGUGGUGUAUGAUGAAGAGCACGGACCACAGGUGUCCACCAAUGCGGCGCUCACCCUUAGAAACUUCUGCCAGUGGCAAAAGCAGCACAACCCAUCAAGCGACCGGCACCCGGAGCACUACGACACAGCAGUGCUGUUCACCAGACAGGAUCUUUGUGGAGCUCAUUCCUGUGACACUCUGGGGAUGGCGGAUGUGGGAACCGUGUGCGAUCCUGAUCGGAGUUGCUCUAUUGUUGAAGAUGACGGCCUGCAGGCAUCCUUCACCGUAGCACAUGAGCUUGGUCACGUGUUCAACAUGCCCCAUGAUGAUGCCAAACAAUGUGCCAGUGUUAAUGGCGACCAGUGGAGCGCCCACAUGAUGGCCUCGACCUUGUCAAAUCUGGACCAGCUUCAGCCCUGGUCUCCUUGCAGUGCCGUGAUGGUCACAUCAUUCCUGGACAAUGGCCAUGGUCAGUGUUUACUGGACAAGCCCCAGAAGCCUCAGCAGUUGCCCCAGGCCCUGCCAGGUUCAGUUUACGAUGCCGACAGACAGUGCCGUCUCACAUUCGGAGAGGAGUCCCAGCACUGUCCUGACCUGAGUACCACUUGCGCCGCACUUUGGUGCACCGUCACGACCUCAAAUGGACUCCUGGUCUGCCAAACCAAGAACUUUCCGUGGGCCGAUGGGACGUCUUGCGGGUCUGACAGCUACUGCAUGGCAGGACGGUGUUUGAGCAAGGCUGAAGCUGCCAGAUAUCAGACUCCAGUCAAUGGCGGAUGGGGAACCUGGGGAUCUUGGGGAGAUUGCUCACGUACCUGUGGAGGAGGAGUGCAAUACUCUUUUAGGGACUGUGACAAUCCCCAACCCAAAAAUGGAGGGAAAUACUGUGAGGGCAAGAGGAUUCAGUACCGCUCCUGCAACACCGAGACCUGCCCUGAUAGCAAUGGUUUGACCUUCCGUGAGGAACAGUGUUUGGCCCACAACGACAUCUCCUCUCAGGUGUCAUUAGGCUCAGGAGACGGUGUGGAGUGGGUCCCGAAGUACGCGGGAGUCUCUCCCAAGGACCGCUGCAAGUUGGUGUGCCGAGCAAAGGGAACCGGGUACUUCUUCAUUCUGAAGCCAAAGGUUGCCGAUGGGACGCCAUGCACCCCCGAUUCCACCUCAGUCUGUGUCCAAGGCCAGUGCGUGAAGGCCGGUUGUGAUCGGGUCAUCGGCUCCAACAAACGUUUCGACAAGUGCGGCAUCUGUGGAGGAGACGGAUCUACUUGCAAGAAGGUUUCUGGAUCGAUGGAGCGUUCCAUACCGGGCUACCAAGAUAUAGUGACGAUUCCAGCUGGCGCCACGCACCUAGACGUCAAGCAGCGCUCUCUCGGAGGCCGCCGCCAGGACAAUAGCUACCUAGCAGUUCGUCGGCAAGAUGGCACAUACCUACUGAACGGCGACUACAAGCUGACGACUUUAGAGACUGACAUCGCUUUGAAAGGUGCACUUCUGCGAUACAGCGGCUCCUCUGCCACACUCGAGCGCAUCCGAAGCUUCGCUCCCUUACCUGAGGCUCUUACUAUCCAGGUUUUGUCAGUCGGCGACUCCCCAAGACCUCGCGUAAAGUACAGCUACUUUACGCCACUUCUAAGUGGGUCAAAAAGGCCGUCCAUUAACGCCAUUAGCGUAGCAGGUGAUGCCGAAUGGGUCCUACGUGAGUGGGGACCCUGUUCGCAGACUUGCGGUGUUGGGAUCCAGAAGCGGGACGUUCUUUGCAUGGAUGCUUACGGUCGUCAGUCAAAAGAUUGUCCCGAAGAGCUGCGCCCUGUGUCGUCACAACCUUGUGAUCUUCAGGAUUGCCCAUCCUGGCUCCUCGGGGAGUGGUCCAGUUGUUCAAAAGCAUGCGGAAGAGGCUUUCGCAAGCGUCAAUUGCGUUGCAUCGGACACGAUAGUCGCAUUUUGCCUAACGAGAGCUGCAACGCAAAAGCUAGGCCUCGACCCCUCCUGGAUUUGUGCAACGUGACUCCCUGUUGAAACUGAACUCACGCAAGCUGGUGCCGACAAACGCAGGUCUUUGGAUUCAAAGGGUCUGAGACUGCAACCAAACUUCUUCCAGUGUUUCGAAUCCCACCCAUCCAACACUGGGUACAAAGCUGUGUCUUGACAGCUGUGAUGGAGGAUGAGAAUACGAACACCUCUGCUGCUUCGGAUGCUGAUGUCAUGCAUGUUAGAUUUUAAGUGUGCAUGGGUGUGUAUGAUGGAAACAGCUAUGCAUUUGUGCCGUCUGUCUAAGCUGGACUAGACAGAUAGGUUUAAUUUGUCACAAGAGAGCAUAUAAUGUCUUUAACCAGGGUCGAGAGCAGUACUGAGACAGAGGAGGUCAUUAGAAGUGGUGUUUUAAAUAAAACGCCCUCUAGUGGUGGACGUUUAAAGGUUGCACACUCUGGCUCAAAGCACAUAUUUAACAAUGCAUUUUUCUUGCCAAAAAACAACACCUUAUCUCACCUCAGCUAGGCACACAUGCUGCUAAUCAAACACCACAACAGGUAUUAUGCAUUUCCUCAUAACUAAGUUUAACAAUGCACAUUAGCCUUACGUUUAGCUUCCUAGGUUGAUAUUUUCAGCAUUUUGCAAAGCCAUAUCUGAUCAAGAGGGAUCAUAUUUUUUUUUUUUUUUUUUUUUUGGGUGGGGGUGACCAAAGAGCAUAGGUUCUUCACCUGAGGAGAGAGUGUGUUUGUGUGUGUGGGUUAGUUCUGUGUGAUUGUGUCUGUAGAGAUAUGGUGAGGGACUUCUCUCCUACUACUACUUCAUAAGUAAUCUCCUGCCUUCUGAGAAGGUGUCUUUGUAUUGAUUUAUGUCUUUUUGUACAGAAUAUCCUAACGUUAUUUAUUUUUGUACAGCCCAUUUAAUAUAAUCUUGUUGCUUUUUUUUAUAAAUAUUGUAUUUCUAUUUGUUGUUAUUAUUAUUGUUAUUGAAAUAACUGAAGGAUGUAGAUUAUAUUAAAGUAUUUAUACGAUAUCUAUGAUCUUAGGUUUAUGAAUAAAGUAUCACAUUGAUUUGU